GGCGCCACAGCUGAUGCAUUCAUUCAUUCUUCACUGAGGAGAAGCGGAGCCAUACUUUCAGUCAGAACCAUGUCGAGACGCAGCGAUCGCAUCACACUUCAAGCCAGAGAUUCAAACGCACCUGAACCAACUGCCAGAGUCCCACUGAAAAAAAGGAAGUCAGAGCCCUCUAAGAAAACGCCACAGCCUGCCGCCAAGAAACACAGAUACGAAAUACAGAAGUGCUGGCCAGAAGAUGGUUUGAGUCCAUGCAUUCUCACUGAAACUCCCCACAAAGAACUGGAGCCUGCUGACCCAUCCAACUUCAAACAGUACAGCUUCAAGAACCUCUUCAUCAAGGCCUCCCCCAUUCCAAGCCUCAGCUGGGCCUGUUCAGAUGACAUGUGGAUAAAGAUGAUCAGUAAGGAGCUGCAGUACGUCCAUGACAAGAGCUACCUGCAGCGCCAUCCCAAGCUGCAGCCCAAGAUGAGGGCCAUCCUGCUGGACUGGCUGCUGGAGGUGAGCGAGGUGUACAGCCUCCACAGACAGACGGCAUACCUCGCCCAGGACUUCUUCGAUCGCUUCAUGCUGACUCAGGAGAACGUCAACAAAGACUACCUGCAGCUCAUUGGCAUCACGGCGCUCUUCGUUGCCUCAAAGAUUGAGGAAAUCUACCCUCCUAAGAUCUUUGAGUUUGCAUACGUCACGGACGGAGCCUGCGACGUGUGGGACAUCCAGCGCACAGAGCUCCAUGUACUAAAGGCUUUGGACUGGAAGCUGUGUCCAGAGACGCCCAUAACCUGGCUGAAGCUGUACGCACAGGUAGCCGCCCAGAAAGACGGGCAGAACUUCUUGGAACCACAAUUUUGCCAGGACACCUACAUCCAGAUCACACAGCUUUUAGACUUGUGUAUGAUGGACAUCAGAUCAUUGGACUACAGCUACAGUGUUCUCGCUGCUGCAGCCUUCUGCCACUUCUCCACAUUUGAUGUUGUUCAUAAAAUCUCAGGCCUGACGUGGGAAAGUGUGUCCGACUGUGUUCGAUGGAUGACUCCCUUCAUGGACGUGCUGCGUUCUGAACCCAAACCUCAGCUGAAGAACUUCCCUAAAGUCAAAUCUGAUGACCGACACAACAUACAGACACAUGUGACCUAUUUGGACAUGCUGAGAAAAGUCCAGGAGCAUCAGGACGAUGGCGCCGACUGUCCGCUGUCGCCCGUUGCUGCGUGCGCUCUCCUGACGCCGCCCAGCAGCACAGAGAAGCCAGCCAAUCCCUGAGCUGGAUAGGCCCAGUGAGACGCGCUACCUCUCUAGUCCAACCUGAUGUGAUGACUGCCCCCUCUGAACUCGGCUUUUUGCGCCGGACACUGUCCAGGCUGACCUUUUUUUGUUUUUAUUAAAACAUUUUAUUUUUUUUAAACACUAAUUUCAGACCUCUGGUUGCCAAAAGCUCCAGAAAAUUGAUUGGUUAACCUAGUAGAUCUGGAACAAUGAAAAGGGAUGCAAUUUUAUCUGACCCUCAGAGUCUGAUCUUUUUACGAAUUGCAACUUUUUCUUCCACAAGUUUCAAUUUUAGUAUGAACCUGACCGGCUCAAAUUGAGAAGCUGUCAGCUGAUCAGCUUUUUUUUUUUCUUUUUUCUUUUUUUUUUUUUCAAAUGAACAGGAGUGAGGAAGCCAGCCAGUCAUUUCAUACCUUUCAGGUAUUAUCUGGGAAUUUCACUGGUGCUCUUAGAACUAAAGCAUGGAUUCUUCCAGAUGGUGCUACAGUUGAUCCUCAGGAGAGAAACACCUGGAUUUCUGUAUUUUUACAGUGACUUUAAACAGGUGCAUUUGGAAGUCAAUUUUAUUUUUUUUAAAAACAUUUUUCUUCCAGUGACCCACCCCUGCCUGACAUUAAAUCUCUACAUUUCUCAUCAGUUUAAUGGCUUUACUUUCACAGCUAUAGGAGCCAUAGGAAUAAAACUGAAUUGUGGAGAUGUGCAGUUUUAUUUUAGUUUUAUUUUUUUUAUUUUUUUUUUGCAACCCUGGUUGCACCCCGUUACAUUCCUGGGAAACUUGACAAUUUAGCAAAGUUUUGCUUUUUCAUUAAGUGCUUGUAUUUAUUGAUAAGCCUUAGUAUGUAAAGGAAAAUGUCUGUUCAUAUGUAAAAUCCUCAGUGAUUCAGUCUGAUCGCUGCCAAAGGCAAAAACUAUUUAUGAACUUUUUUUUUUUUUUGCUCCAUGACACAUUUAAUUACAGUUUUGCAUUAAUGCUGUACAUUAGCCUGUCCUUAGUGCCUUUUAGAAAAUGAACUGCUCCUCUUAAUUUCAGCUGGAGCAGGCCCAAAGGUGGAGAUCAAAUAAACCUGUGACUGUAAGCCUUUGCAGUGAACCAUUAACCAUGUGAACUGUAUGUAGAUGAAUGUAUUUUCUUUUUUUUUGGUUGUAAAUAGCGCAAUUCUUAAAUGUGUAAUUUCCUUUUAUAUUGGAAUGUUUUAAAUAAAUGGAG